AUGGCACCACAAAAAAAGCAGGAAGUGAAAGAAAAUGUUCAAGUGGCCAGGAAGGACAACCGAGAUGGGACUGGAGUCUCGGCUUCCGCGUGCGGCACUGACCAUGUACGGCGUUGUGUUUUGCAGGAAGCAGACACCAAAAUUGAGUACAGAGCCUGGAACCCGUUCCGAUCGAAACUCGCAGCCGCCAUUCUCGGGGGCAUUGACCAGAUCCACAUCAAGCCUGGAGUGAAAGUCCUGUACUUGGGAGCGGCGUCUGGCACCACUGUCUCGCACGUGUCCGACAUUGUGGGACCUGAGGGCUUAGUCUACGCAGUUGAGUUCUCCCACCGGUCUGGCCGUGACCUCAUCAAUGUGGCCAAGAAGCGGACCAACAUCAUCCCCAUUAUUGAGGACGCCAGGCACCCGCACAAGUACCGCAUGCUUCUCGGAAUGGUGGAUGUCAUCUUUGCCGACGUGGCGCAGCCUGACCAGUGCAGGAUUGUGGCUCUCAACGCCCACCAUUUUCUCAAAGUGGGCGGUCACUUUGUUAUCUCUAUUAAGGCAAACUGCAUUGACUCCACUGCUACCCCCGAGGCUGUGUUUGCAUUGGAGGUUAAGAAGAUGCAGCAGGAGAAUAUGAAACCCCAAGAACAGUUAACGUUGGAGCCAUAUGAGAGGGACCACGCUGUUGUUGUUGGGAUAUACAGGCCGCCAGCCAAACAGAAGAAAUUCUAAGUAAAGACCAGGGCCCAGAAAUCGACGAAAGAGAGAGAUGCUAAUGGACACGCUGAGUCUGGGAUUGUGUUGUACAAAACUCUUCUGACUGGAUUUCUGAGGCUGGAUAGAGCUCUUGACAGUUUGCUGACUUUUGCUUCUCAAAUGGGGCACGUGAUUUUAUUUUCUUCCCUUGGCUCGUCGUCGUCCGAAGGCUGUUUGAGUUCUCAAACUCUUACUGUUUGCAGUAUCUUUCUGACCAUGCUGGGAUGGGUGGGGUCGUAAUCUCUGGAGGGGAACGUUUGCCAGGACGGGCCUGUUGGCUAAUGGUUAGUUUUAAGUUUCAUAUUUUUGUUUGUGGUAGGGUAAGAGAAUGGGAUUUGGAUUCCAGAUAUGGGUCUCAAGAAAUGCAAACAUUUCAUUUGAGUUGGGAACCUCUUGUGUGAAUGGGAGUAGAGGGAAGACAGUUCGGCUUUUUGAGACCGUUCUAUACGAUCGCUGACGAUCUCCUAUCCCUCUUCAUGCCCUAUGCCCAAACUCCAAUAGAUCUUUGAGUCUGGAAUGUACUUGAUGGGGUGGGGGGGGUGGAAGAAAGACCUGCAGCCACUUGACAACAGUUGUGUCAAACCCUCCUGAAGUUUCUACUCUCACCCCUUGCUGUGCCGAACCGCAGAGGGUAGCGUAACCUUUGUGUGUUUUCUUCUUGUCCUGAAGAGUAGGAAUUGGACACAUGCUUAUAGGUUGCGAGACCAGGUGGUAGAAGAGAAACCAUUUAUAAGCACACUGUUCCAUUGAAUUGCCAUGGCGAAGCCCCACGUCCUCUGCUGUUCUUUAUCACAUUGUUUGAAAAGUUUUGCAGGUGAUGCCUGACUUAAGUGUUUUUCCUGUGUUUAGCUGUAGGAGCUGGCCCAGGAGACAAUUUUGUGUAUUUCAAUUGUUGAUGAAUGUUCAAUUCGUUAUUAAAAAAAAAACAAACUUA